AACACCGCCGUCAGCGAGGACUACCUGAAGGGGCUGCUGCUGCCCUUUGAGGUAAAGGAGACGAUGCUGGUGGGCAUCGAUGUGAACCACCCCGGGCAGUUCGACAAGAUCGCCGCCUCGAUUGCGGCCGCCGUGGGCACCUCCGACUCGACCAUGACCGCCUACUCCUGCUCGGUGCGCGUCCAGGAGAAGUUCCACAGCGAGGCGGUGGAGCACAUUGGCGAGAUGGUGGGCUCGCUGGUGGCGAACUUCAAGGAGCGCAACCGAGGAGUGCUGCCCCGGAAUAUACUCGUCUUUCGCGACGGCGUCAGCGACGGCUACUUUGGGCGCAUCGAGGCGGAGGAGAUUGCCGCCCUGGAGACGGCGGUGCGGGCGCUGGUGAAGGACGUCCGCUUCGCCUUUAUCAUCGUGCAGAAGAACCACAAUGCCCGCUUUGGGCUGACCAGGGCGAACACCACCGCCAGUGGGAAGCCCACCUUCAACGUGGAGCCGGGCACGGUAGUGGACUCCUUUGUGGUUGACCCGGUGCGGGAGAACAUGUACCUGAAUAGUCACUUUUCGUACCUGGGCACCUCCAAGCCCAGUCGGUACCUGGUGCUGCGCGACGACUUCUCCCUGAGCGCCGACCAGCUGGAGAAGGUCAGCUUCUUCGCCUGCCACAACUGCGCCCGGACGCGGAAGCCGAUCAGCACGCCGGUGCCCAUCCGCUACGCCCACCUCUGUGCCCUGCGAGCGAUGCUGCACCUGCAGGCGCAGGACUUUAUCGACUCGGACUUUAUUACCGUCUCAUCGUCGGGUGGUGGUGACGGCCGCGGCUUCAGCAACUACGAACGUAAGGGCGUGAAGGUGGAGAAGCUGGCGAUGUGCAUUGAACACAGCAAGGUCAACUGCAAGAGGCUGUACUACGUUUGA